AUGCGCACCACCAGCUUCUCCCUCUUCGGCCUCAACCUCGUCCUGUUGAUUUCCUCCACAGUCGCCAAAACGACAACGGUCGGUGUGGAAACAGAGACAGAGAGCCGCGGUGUUUCGGUCCCGAUGGAUGACUGCUUCGAUAUCGAUGUCGACGAACUAACAUAUCCAUCCAGGGAUGUCACAACUUUAGCAAUCACGAAGAAAUGUCGCGUUUUCACAGGCCCAAUGUGCACUGGACGUACGACCCUCCUCGAACCUGGUGAACAUUCAUCCCCAGAACCGGUCAUGCUAGGAAGCAUUCUCUGCGAAGAGCCGGAAGUCUUUUCAACCGAGCUGUGAUGCUGUCUAGCUCUUACCUGCAAGUCUACUCUAAGGGGUUAUAGUCACAACUGCUGGAAUGGGUCUGUCUCGGUGCCUACCCAAUUACUGAGCAAUUGAUGGCACUUACAUUAAGUGUCAGUUCGGUGUCAUGCAGUAUCCCUGCUACGCAGGUCGAACGGGUAUUUGCAUAAAUGUGUGCUGUAUAUGCUGUAAGGGAUUCAUAAGAGAGUUAAUAUUGCUGGUUAGAAGUAUGUUAGAAGUA